CGUGUAUCAUGUGUAGCUUUCAACCCGAAGUUUCCCCAGAUUAUUCUAGGGUCGUUUCAUGGACGCGUGGUCACACUCCUAUGGGUUCCGUCAUAACAGUUUUCGCGGACAAUAUAUAAAGGAUUAGUGUCCUUUUUCUUCGGUGUCAACUCGCGUCGACUCCCCUCACUGCAAUGUCCCGAGAAGAUUCUCUCGAUAGUAAACAAGGCGACAUUCAACAUGCCGAGACUCUCGAGAAACAGACCCGACCAAUAAAAGGUCCACUUCAAAGGAAGGCAGAGUUGGAGGCAGCCAUGAAGGUAGACCCUGGCGUUGGAAAAUGGACUUGGGUUGCUUUUCAGAUGUACUUCAUCACCUUCGUGGUUUGCUGCUGUUCCGGCGAUAGUGGCUUCGACGGGACCGUAAUGGGAGGUAUUAAUGGUAUGUGGCAGUAUCAACAAUACUUUGGGAUGACCGGCGUUGGCUCCAAGACCAGUAUCGUAUUUGGCAUUUACACAAUUGGAUCUUUGACUGGAACAAUCCCUGCUGCUUACCUCCCCGAUCGCUUUGGUCGACGCUUCUCCAUGUUCUUCGCAAACUUGGUCUUGAUCGUAGGAGCAGUCCUGACCGCCAACGCUCACAACAAGAAUAUGUUUUUGGUUGGUCGCUGGCUCACAGGUCUGGGUGCAGGUUGUGCGGGUGCAUCUGCAAAGUCUUAUCUCGCUGAAGUCGCUCCCCCACACUCUCGCGGUGCCUAUAUGGGAUUCUUGAACUCAUUCUACUAUGUCGGACAAAUGACUGCUUCUGGAAUGAUGGUGGCCACUAACAAAUGGGCUAAUGAAUUAUCAUGGAGGUUACCGCUUUAUAUUCAGGUUGUUCCCGCCGCUAUAAACGUUCUCUUCAUUCUCUUCUGUCCAGAAUCCCCCCGCUGGCUUAUCAGCGUUGGAAAGGACGAGGAUGCUCGGAAGAUACUUGCGAAAUUCCAUUCUAGCACUGCUGACCCUCGUUCGCCGCUGGUCGACUUGCAGAUGGACGAAAUUCACGAGAAGAUUGAAGUUGAUGGACAAGAUAAGCGAUGGUGGGACUUUCGGCCACUCUUCAAGACGCGGUCCGAUCGGUACCGUACUUACAUGGUCAUGCUUAUUGGAACAUUCGGUCAACUUUCUGGCAACGGUCUUAUCACUUAUUUCUUGCCCAUCCUUCUCAAGAAUGCUGGGAUCAAAAGUCAACAGCGCCAGCAACAGCUCAAUUUCGUGAACAGCGUCACGUCUUAUGUGGGAGCUUUGGGCGGUUCCUUCACCGUGGAUCGCUUUGGACGACGAAAGAAUUUGUUUUGGGCAACGGUAGCAAUAACCGCUAUCCUGGCGAUCGUCACCGGCCUACUCUCAAAAGAUGGCAAUGCUGCACAAUCCAACGCAGGUGUCACGUUCAUCUUCCUUUUCAUGGUCGUCUUCUCAUUCGGGUGGACCCCAAUGCAAGCCCUUUAUCCCGCUGAGGUCUUGAGUUACCAAGCCCGCGCAAAGGGACUGGCGUUUUUGAACAUCUUUACCCAGGCUGCGAGCUGCAUCAAUACUUUUGGCCUUCCAGUUGCGCUGGAAAAAAUAGGAUGGAAAACCUACGCCAUUUUCUUUGCAUGGGACGUACUUGAAUGUAUCAUCAUCUACCUUUUCGUGGUAGAAACCAAGAACCUCACACUCGAAGAAAUUGGUGAGAUUUUCGAGCAACCUAACCCGGUCCAGUACAGCAAAGAACUUUACCACAAGACUUUGGUGAGAUCGGACGAGGAACAGCCACGCUAGAUUAUCCUCGCUUAUUUCCAAUUUAAUCCGGCGGCUAAGGAAUUUUACUCCUUUUCUCAUUCUCGAAGUUCCACUUUUUUUGUACUUUUCAUUCCCUUCUUAUUAUAAUUGUACAUUAAAAAAGUCCAAACAAUGAAGAGUAGUACUUACAAC